AAAACAAAAAAAAAUAAAAUAAAAUAAAUUUAUAAAAAAAAAAUUGACAGCAAACAAAACACUUCUCUUGCACUGCUUUGAGUUUUCAAUAAGAGAAAACACGAAAAAAAAAAAAAAUUCUCGACAAAUUGUAAUUGUUUUGUUUGCCUCUGAAAGCAAACAGAGUGAGUGUGUGUGUGCGUGCGAUUUUGAGAGUUAACUGCACAAGUUUAUUAAGCUUUUUGCUUUAGUUUCGAAAAUCUUCUCAAAUCAAACUGGCGGUUGAUAAUUCCGGAUUUUUCGAGAUGAUUAAAUUUUUACUUACAUUCGGUGUUGGUUUAUACACCGGUAUUUACGUUAGCCAAAACUAUGAGAUACCACGAGUAGACGAACCCAGCCGAAUUGUUGAGAAGCUAAAAGAUCUUAUUGAAGAACAUCGCAAAAAUUUGGAUGAAAUGGCCAAAGAAGUCACAAAUGUACGCAAGAAACGAUAACUGAGAAGCAUUUUCAAAAUAAGAAUUUCCGUGAACCUGUUAAUCUAGAAUCUUUUCAAAAUUUCAACAUAUUCCAAAUAAAAGUUACGCGGAAACUUUUAACAUAGCCAUCUGAAAAUUUCUUCUUUAAAAUUUAUUAAAAAAUUCUCUGUAUUAUAUGAAAAUUCGAAAUAUAUGC